AUGGCACCAGGACAGGGCUUCUUCGUCGAGCUUACAAGCUCUUCCCAACUCUCGACCGGGAACAGAGAACGGGAAGAAUUCAGGGAGCUUUGCCGACCACUGAUGCAAUCUAUUCGAAAUCGGUUUCCCAUAGGGCCCGGGGUGGUGGUUCGCGUGCAACGGCAUGGCAGCUCAAACUGGGCUACCACGCUGAAGAUUGAUACAACCGAGCCAGAUGGCAGUCGAAAGUCGUAUUUCUGCAAGACCCUGAGCGGAGACUCAUCCGCGGCCUUUACCGCUGGGGAGUGUAAGUCGGCGAUCGAAAUUUCCCGUGCUGCUCCUGGGCAUGUUCCGCAGCCACAUUUUUGGGGACAAUUUCUCCAUCGCCGGGAUCUAUACUCCUACUACCUCCAAGACUAUCAUGAGAUGACGCUGGGAGGCGUGCCAGACCCCGUCGAGUUUGUCGACAUCAUCACUCGAAUACACCGAGAAACAUCCGCCAAUGGCGCCUUUGGAUAUAGUCAGCCCACUGCGAUUGGCAAGAUGGAGCGCACCAACAGCUGGCAGACCAGCUGGGCCAACGCGUUUGCGUGCCACAUGAAGGAUGCCUUUGACUACGAUCGCGACACCAACGGGCCCUGGCGGGAGCUGCGCUUGGUAUACGAGGAGCUCGUGGCACACGUGGUUCCGCGGCUGCUGGAUGUUCUGCAGAUGGGCGGCCGGUCCAUCACACCGGCGCUCAUACACGGUGAUCUCUGCGAGGGCAACGUCGGGGUUGACAAGGAGACGGGCAAGAUUGUGAUGUUCGACCCGGGAUGCUUCUACGGCCACAACGAGAUGGAGUUUGGCGCUUGGAGAUGCACGCGGGCCACGCACUUUAACCUCAAGGACGGAUCGUAUCUGUCCUUGUACCAAAAGGAAAUGCCACCCUCUGAGCCGGCGGAGGAAUGGGACGACCGGAACCGUCUCUACAGCAUUUACGCCUAUCUGGUGGCGUCGGCUAGCCACUUUGGCAGCUCGUUCCGACUUAUCGCACAGAAUGAGAUGAUUUUUCUGUGCAAAAAAUACGGCUCGGAAAAGUACGACACCACGCGGGGCAGAUAUGAUGCCGAUCUUGUGAAAAAUCUCCUGGAGGACAAAUCCUCAGGAGUCGGCCCAUCAAUUCUGUUGUGCCGCGUCUUUCUUUCCCUCCGCUUCUUGAAAAAACCAAGAAAAGGGUGGGGUUUGAAACAUGGAAAGAAGGCCAGGAUUGGGGUCGCGGGCGAAUAA